ACAACAAAAAAAACAAAAGUUGAGACAUGAUAAUGAGAGGAUUGAGGAGACAGAGUAGCAUUCCAUUGAUUUAACACUCUUUAGUCUUUACCAAUUAGAGGAAGAAGAAAGAUAGAGAGAGAGAGAGAGAAAAAAGCUAGCAAGUGUCGUUUACUUGUGCUGCUGAGAUUUUAACAAAUGACAAAGAGGAUUUAGGUAAGAUCUUUAACCAUCUAACCAUAGUCCAUAGAUCUGUCUAUCAAAAACAAGAAUCCACAGAGCAAGAAGAAAGGGGGUACCAAGCUAUGCUUCUAAUAACUCCAUAUCCGAGACUCGUGUCUCCGCUAUUAGCUACCAAGUCUACUCCUGAAUCAUCAUUCACCAGAAGAGCCAGAGCUUCCUCUUCUUCUUCUACUUCUUCUUCCUCUUAUCCUUGGCCUUUCCUGAGACCUAAACGUAGACUCAAUGGCUUCAAGCUCAAGUCAGCUACAGUUCCGGGAGAUGUGGAAUCUGGAAGUUUGGUCAAAGGGCUGAAGCUAGGAGGCAUGUUCGGAGUUUGGUAUCUUCUCAAUAUCUACUACAACAUCUUCAAUAAACAGGUACUUAGGGUUUAUCCAUAUCCAGCAACUGUAACAGCAUUUCAAUUAGGCUGUGGAACGUUGAUGAUAUCAAUAAUGUGGCUCCUCAAACUCCAUCCUCGUCCAAAAGUUACUCCAUCUCAGUUUCCGGCGAUAUUACAACUAGCAGCAGCUCACACAUUAGGAAACUUGUUAACGAAUGUGAGCUUGGGAAGAGUAAACGUCUCUUUCACCCAUACAAUCAAAGCAAUGGAGCCUUUCUUCACCGUCUUGUUCUCUGUUCUCUUGCUCGACGAGUGGCCGAGUUUAUGGAUUGUCUGUUCCUUGUUACCAAUAGUCGCUGGAGUUUCUUUAGCAUCUUUCACAGAAGCUUCUUUUAAUUGGAUUGGUUUCUGCAGCGCAAUGGCGUCUAAUGUGACGAACCAAUCACGCAAUGUUCUCAGUAAAAAAUUCAUGGUUGAAAAGUUUGUUGUAUUGAAACAGGAAGCUUUGGACAACAUCAACCUUUUCUCUAUAAUAACCAUUAUCUCCUUUGUCUUAUUGGUUCCUGUAGCAAUCCUCAUCGAUGGUUUUAAGUUUACUCCCUCACAGCUACAUCUAGCUACAAGUCAGGGUUUGACUGUAAAAGAGUUUUGCCUCAUGUCUCUACUUGCUGGUGUAUGCUUGCAAAGCUACCAACAGGUAUCUUAUAUGAUCUUAGAGAUGGUGUCUCCAGUGACACACUCUGUUGGGAACUGCGUGAAGCGUGUGGUGGUUAUUGCAUCAUCCAUUCUUUUCUUCAAAACUCCUGUCUCGCCUCUUAAUUCCAUAGGUACGGCCACUGCACUAGCUGGAGUUUACUUGUACACCAGAGCCAAGAGAGUCAAACCAAACCCAAACUCAAAAUAAAAAUCUUCCUGAAAUUUCCUCUCUCUGGUUUUUGAAGUUUUUACUUGUAAAUAAGAAAAUUAUAGAAGCUCUUUAUAAAUUUCUAUUUAUAUUAUGUUU